AUGAGGCAGGCAAGGCCGUACUCGGGGAUCUUCUGCGGCGGGGUGUCGGCGCGGACGGGGCCGCACGCGCUGCCGCUGGCGCGCAUCAAGAAGAUCAUGAAGCGCUCCGCGGGGGAGACCGCGGACGGCGGCGCCAGGAUGAUCUCCGGCGAGGCGCCCGUGGUGUUCUCCAAGGCGUGCGAGCUCUUCGUCGCCGAGCUCACCCGCCGCGCCUGGGCCGCCACGCUCGAGGGCAAGCGCCGCACCGUGCACAGGGAGGACGUCGCCACGGCCGUGCACAACACCGACCUCUUCGACUUCCUCGUCGACGUCGUCAACGCGGACACUGCCGGCGGCGACGACACGCACGAUGUUGACGACGUCGGCGACGGCGCGCUGGGGUAA